UUUCAAUUCCAUUUUCUCUCUCUCUCUCUCUGAGAUUUUUCAUUUUCCCCACUCUUUAACAUAACGCCAAGAAAACGCUCUUUGUCUUCUAAAACACUUAAAACAGUCUCUUUCUCUCUCUUUGUAGGAGUUUCACAUUUUGUGAGUCUAAAGCUUUAGUUUUGGUUUCGUGAUGUUUGUGGAGAGAUAUUGAGAGAGAUGGGUUCAUGUGUAUCAUCAAUGCAUAAGAAAACGCCAGAGAAACUCAACAUGUCUUCAUUUGGCUCCAAAAAUCACGACCUUAUUAUUCCACCUUCACCCAUCAAAGAAAAGCCGUCCAAUGGUUUCCCUCCGAUGAACGAUUGGCCAGCCAUCACCGGUAGAGACCCUGGUAGUAAAGAGGAAACGUUUUUUGAUUCUCAAGCUUGGCUAGAUUCUGAUUGUGAAGAUGAUUUUCAGAGUGUCAAUGGAGAUUUUACACCAUCUCGUGGUAGUACCCCAGUUCAUCAGGCGUUCUCUACUGGGACACCUCAAGUCAACAAAGCCCUUUCAGAGGACAUUUCUGAAACAACUCCGACUGGAAAGAAAAUGAAACUAGGAGAACUAUUCAAGCAGAGCAUUAGAGAAGCCCCUGAAGACCAACCUCCUGUUGAGCAAAAUACUACAGUCCGCCAGAUUAUGGCCAAUGGGAACAUGGAAGUCCAGCCAACUCUGCCUCCAAAAUCCACAAAUGCUACCCCCUAUUUAUCUGGAGCGAACACUUCGUGUGGUAGUGAGAGGACUGCUAAUGAUGAUCCCGUAAGGGAUGAAAAGUCAAUGGGGUCUGUGCAGUGUUGCCUUCCAAGCUUGAUUUCGUGUCGUAAUUUCAGUGAGAGGAAGAAGAAGAUGAGCCCUGCUGUAGCUGUAAAUGGUUAACCAUAAUUUUCGGCUCAUGUAUUUACUAUGUAGAUUGAAGAAGUGAGUAUCAACUCUCGCAGUCCAUGAAUUCAAAGUUACUCAGUGUCACAGUUGUCUGAUUUGUGUAAAGUCUAUGGUACACUUUGUACCGCUCAUCGGAUUUUUGGAGUCGAAAAGACGUGUAAAAAGCAGCUAAAGGAGAUGUAUGAUACUAAAAUUAUCCGGGAGGAUUUGAGAAAUUAAUCUCUGUGAUAAGAAGAAUUUUUAGAGGAAAACCCGUAAAUGGCCCAUGUAAUGAACAUAAACAAAUUAUUAAGAAAGUUUGUCUUUUUAUAUACAA